GGAAAUGAAUUUUUUUCUAUUUCCCUCCCUCUGUUCCUUGGUACUCCAAUUUACUAAUUCCCCAAACAGACUCCAAAUUCCAAAAGAAAACUCGGUGUAUUUUCCUAAAUUUUCCCGAGAUAAAAAAAUGAGCCUCAAUUGUAACGCCAAAACCCCAAAAAAAUUCUCACCGUUCGACCAAACCCCUCCUUUCCAAGACCUACAUCAAGCCUUCUCCAACCUCCAAAGCCACUGCUCUUCUCUCCUCCGACAAACCCACCAUCAGUUGAAGGACGCUUUUAGCUCCACUUUUCAGCACUUCAACCCGCCUUCCUUUUCUCCAAAAGCCCCAGUUUUUGCUCGAAUUGCUGAUUCUAGCAAGACCCAGAUUGAGUUGAGUAGAAAAACCGGGCCCGCUGAGAAGAUAGAAGAGAGAUUGGCUGGUGUUCCGGUCUAUGCCUUGAGUAAUCCGGAUGAGGAAUUCGUGUUGGUUUCGGGUGUUUCCACGAAAAAAUCACUUGGGUUGUUGUGCUUCAAGAAGGAGGACGCCGAGGCUCUUUUGGAGCAGAUGAAGAGUAUGGAUCCUGGCAUGAGAAAAGGGGGUUCUAAAGUGGUUGCUAUUGCUCUCGACAAGGUUGUCCAGAUGCAGGUUGCUGGUGUUGCUCUUAGGCUGUUGCCAGAUUCCACUCAGAUCAAGAAUGCGCUUAGAGAACGGGAAAGAGCUGGUUUCUCUGAUGAUAGCUUCCCUGGUGUUCCAGUUUUUCAGUCUAGGAGCUUGGUAUUAAGAAGUCAAAACAAGAGUUAUCGACCAGUUUUCUUCCGGAAGGAGGAUUUAGAGCAAUCACUUCUGAGAGCUUCCCGUGAUCAGAAUCAACUGAAUCCUGCUUUAAGACCUGGGGAUAUUCAGGUUGCUGUUUUUGAGGAUAUAAUCAAGGGGAUGAAAGACAGUUAUGUGUCGAAUUGGGAUGAUGUUGUUUUCAUUCCUCCUGGUUUUGAUGUUUCAACCUACCCCACCCAACAACAACAAUAGGCAACUGAAUGAGUUGAUGAUCCACUUGAUGACGCUGGCUGGGUUCUACAGCCACAGAUCCGAGCUUGACUGCUUAGAGUUCUUGGUCUGUUGUUUUGGGUUCGUUUUCGAUGUUCUCUUCCCUAGAGAAAGUAAAAUGUAAUAUUUGUGUUAUCUUCUUAGUUGCAUAUGCUUUACUAUGCUGGUUCUGGUUUUCAAUCUGCUUACAGAAGGCAGAGGAAGACUUGUUCUAAAUGGAGUUUAGUUGGACUGAAAUAGAUACAACAAAAGCAUGGAGAUUAGUAUAAAUUA